CCGCGCCUACCUCGCAGCCUGACCUAAGAUGGCGGCGCCCUGCGCGUUCGAGCCGUGGCUGGAGGGGCGCCUGGAGGCCCUGGGCCUGGACGGGGACGUCUACGGCGGAUACAUCCGAGGCGUCUUGCGGGAGGCAGAGUGCGACGCCGAGCGGCUGGAAGGGCUGGCGGGAGCGCUAGCGGCGGGGGAACCGGAUGAAGAUGUGCUCCAAGAUGUUUGCAGGGAAAUAGUUGAAAGGUGGUCAGAGGCCCAAAACGCUGGAAAUGCUGAGAAAAAAGAAGAUGAAGUGCAAGCCAUUGCCAACAUAAUUGAAAAGCAGGCACAGAUUGUGGUGAAACCAAAGGAGGUCUCCAAGGAGGAAACACUGCGGAAGGCUGCCCUCUUGGCACAGUAUGCUGAUGUGACUGAUGAUGAAGAUGAAUCAGAUGUUCAAAAUGAUCCUGGAGCAGCAGCAGUGACUAUCAGCUCUGAAAAAUCUUUAUUCAAAAACACCAACCUAGAAGACAUGAUGAAUGCCCGGAAAUUGGAGAGGGAGCACCAGCGGGAUGAGUCACAGCGGAAGAAGGAACAAGAUAAGCUCCAGCGGGAGAAGGACAAGUUGUCAAAGCAAGAACGCAAGGAGAAAGAGAAGAAGAGAACACAAAAAGGCGAGAGGAAGCGGUAGCCAGGGAAAGCAGUUGGACCCUUCUCCCUCUUCCCCCUCAUCUAAUAUAUGGCACAGCAUACAGACACAAAGAUUGCUCAGCAGAAGGAACUUUUUUUUAAAAUACUUCAGCAGUAUAACUUGGGCAAAGUUUGAGGGAAGGAUGAAGGGUGGGCACACUCCCUUUUCCUUGGAACAGUGACAGAAAACAGUGUUGUACCUGUUUAUUCUCUAAAUGAUGGGCUGAGUGAUUGUAGCCAAUAUCUGUAACCAAAGAACUGUGUGGUGGCUACUUCUCUUCCCAUCUUCCCCUGUCUUUGUCACUUUCUACUUUUAUUAACCACUUAAAGGGAAACUGUUAUAUGCCUUGGCAUAUAAACUCUAGCCAAAGGUUGCUUUUGGUUGGUGGAGUUGUUAGAGCAAAAUCCAGUUUCUCAUAUAUGCAAGGUACAGGAAGGGUAGCAUUUGACAAGCUUAUGAAGAUGAACUAAAAGCCAGGGUGCACCGCACACUUCAUCGUCUGCAGCUAAAAUUGACCCAGAAUUAUUGCUUGUUGAGGCUGAGCUAAUCAAUCUCUGUGUACUUUCAGCAAGGCUGUGUUAUUGCCAUUUAAGUAAAGUUUGGUGAAUUUAA